AUGUCUGGAAACGCCCAAGGAUUGUUGCAGCCUCAAAUCUUUGAGAGCUUGCAAAAGAAGAUUGACGAAGAGACCGAAGUCAGAGAAGCAAUCCUCUCCGGCGCACACUCANNUCGAGCAACAACGAGCGUCAGUAUUACCAUCAUCGUUCACGAGGAUACUCCCACUAACAUUGAAUCAGUCCCUGCUGUCGUCUCUUCCGCUCAAGAAUCUAUCAGCAAGGAGGUUGAGUCCAUUGCCAAGCUUUCAGAUGCUGCAUCAAAGUAUCCUUACUACAAGUACAACGGCAUGUGGACAAGACAUGUGCAAGAUGCUGAUGGUCGUCUCUUGACCAUUGAGGAAGUCGGCCAAAUCAUGAACAGUAAGGAGACCAAGUUCCCCAUUCAACCACAAAAUCUAAUCCCUUACNNAGUCCCUGUCAAUGUCAAGGAUAGAGACGUCUUCCAUCUGACCAUCGAAGAAUACCUUCAGUCGUUGAUCUCUUUGAUCGACGAAUUGGUGAGUUGGCGCAGCCAUAUCGUAUGUGUGGAUGCUAAUGCUCUUGCUAGNGCACGUCUUGCUCGCAACAGUGUGACUCAGGGUGACUAUUCGCGUCCUGUCCACAUCGCAAAGUUCAUCAAGCAUGUCCAUGCCGGAUUCCAGAUCUUGAACCUCAAGAACGAUUCGCUUCGCAAGAGGUCCGAUGGUAUCAAGUACCGUGUCAAGGAGGUCGAAGAUGUUGUGUAUGAUCUCAGCCUCAGNGGUCUCACUCCCAAGGAGUAA